AUGGCGACCACGGUAGACAAGAUCAAGGAGAUCGAGUCCGAAAUGGCUCGGACUCAGAAAAACAAAGCCACCUCUUUCCAUUUGGGCCAGCUGAAGGCAAAGCUGGCAAAAUUGAAGCGAGAACUCUUGACACCAUCAUCCUCGGGUGGUGGAGGUGGCAGUGGUUUCGACGUGGCCAGGACUGGCGUGGCUUCGGUUGGCUUUAUUGGUUUCCCCUCCGUCGGAAAAUCAACCCUGAUGAGUCGCUUGACGGGCCAGCACUCCGAGGCCGCGGCUUACGAAUUCACGACCCUUACCACCGUACCUGGGCAGGUCUUGUACAACGGGGCGGCGAUUCAAAUGCUCGACUUGCCCGGUAUUAUCCAGGGAGCCAAAGACGGCAAGGGUCGUGGUCGUCAGGUUAUUGCAGUCGCCAAGACCUGCCAUCUAAUCUUCAUCGUCCUCGACGUCAACAAGCCACUCACGGACAAGAGGGUCAUCGAGUCCGAGUUGGAGGGUUUCGGGAUUCGAAUCAACAAGGAGCCUCCCAACAUCGUCUUCAAGAAGAAGGAUAAAGGCGGCCUGAACAUCACAAGCACUGUCCCGCUCAGCCACAUUGACCAUGACGAGAUCAAAGCUGUCAUGAACGAGUACCGUAUCUCCUCAGCUGACAUUGCGAUCCGGUGUGACGCUACAAUAGACGAUUUAAUUGACGUCCUUGAGGCGAAGAGCAGGAGUUACAUUCCGGUGAUUUAUGCGCUCAACAAAAUCGACUCCAUAACGAUAGAGGAAUUGGAUUUGCUCUAUCGGAUUCCGAAUGCUGUUCCGAUCAGCUCCGAGCAUGGCUGGAACAUUGACGAGCUGCUGGAACAAAUGUGGGAGAAAUUGCAGCUCAAACGGGUUUACACGAAGCCGAAAGGCAAACAGCCCGACUAUACUGCUCCCGUCGUCUUGAGAAAGAACGCUUCAACGGUCGAGGACUUUUGUAAUGCUAUCCAUAAGACAAUCGUCGAGCAGUUCAAGCACGCGAUCGUCUAUGGGCGCUCUGUCAAGCACCAACCACAACGAGUCGGCCUCGCACACGAGCUGGCAGAUGAAGACAUUAUCACCAUUAUCAAAAAGUGA